GGUGAGAGGGAAAAAGCUUGCUUUUUAUGAAACAUUUACCGCAUUUUGAGAAACAAGUCAGUAAAGCCAGCAAAAAGCUAAUGUCUUCAGAAAUGCCAACAGAGAGUCCAGAGGUGCCAACAGAAAAUAUCGUGCCCACGGAGGUUCCUGAUGUGGGAGGAAAGGUGAAAUCAAAUGACAGUCAAGUAGAGAGACAGGAGGCAGGCUCAGACAAGGCACAAUGCCUUGAACCCAUGUCCAAGAGGCAAAGGAAGAAACUGUUGAAGCAGAAACAGUGGGAAGAACAGAAAGAUCUACGCAGACAGAAACGAAAAGAAAAACGCCAGAAGAGAAAACUAGAGCGUCAGUCAAAAUUGGAUUCCAGUAACGAAGGGAAUGACAGAAAGCGUAUGCGAAAGGAAGUGAUUCCUAGUACGCUUCGCCUCGUUGUGGACUGCAGCUUUGAUGACUUGAUGGUGCUAAAGGAUGUUAAGAAGCUUCACAAGCAAAUUCAGAGAUGUUAUGCAGAAAACCGCAAAGCGUUUCAUCCUGUGCAGUUUUACUUGACCAGCCAUGGGGGACAGUUGAAGAACAACAUGAAUGAAAAUGACAAAGGAUGGGUGAACUGGAAGGAUAUCCAAAUUAGAACAGAGCACUAUAGCGAGCUAAUAAAGAAAGAAGACCUAGUGUAUCUUACCUCAGAUUCCCCGGACAUUCUCAGUGAGCUUGAUGAGAAGAAAGCCUACGUAAUUGGAGGUCUGGUGGAUCACAAUCACCACAAGGGAAUUACUUACAAAAGAGCAGUAGAGCAGGGAAUUGGUCAUGCACAACUCCCUCUUGGAAACUUUGUGAAAAUGAACAGUCGGAAGGUGUUAGCAGUCAAUCAUGUGUUUGAGAUCAUCCUUGCAUACCUGGAGAAGAGAGAUUGGAAGGAGGCUUUUUUCAGUGUCUUGCCACAGCGGAAAGGGGCUGUUCCUUUGGGAGAAGCCAAUGAUUCAUCCAAACAUGCUCUCUCUGAAAAAGAAGAUGAAGACAAUGACUCGGACAGCAACUAGGCUUCAGGAUGAGAUGGGAAAAAUGAGACAUGCUGUUCAUGGUAUAAAAUUGGGACACAAAGUAGUUAAACCCUGAAGACAAUCUGCUGCCCUUGAUAUACUGAAUUAUCUCAAUGCUCAGUAGUUACGUAGCUGGCCCAGAACUGGACAGAAAGGGUAAAGAUAAAUGCUUUUUUUUACCCUGAAACUUCCAUAUUAGUAGCUUUUUAAAAAUAAAUUAAUGGCAGAAAUUAUUUUGUUUCCUAAGGAAGCUACUUUAUUUAUUUUUUGUUUUAUUAUACAUGUGAAGUUGGGUGUAUUACCCAGAAGCCUAAAGCAUUAGUAAUUACUGUUUUAUGCAUGCAUUCUUGUCCAUUCCCACUCUAAUGUUUCUUAAAAGCAGUGUACAAUAAGAGCUCAUAUGACCUCAAAUCUUGUAGCAGUAGUGCCUGUUGCAAAAUGUGUAUGAUCACUCAAAAAAAAUUUUUUUUCUACUUUUCCUGAGGAUCUCAACAGACAAUCACAAGCAGCUGAAGCCACACUGACUGAUUUAUACUCCUGUGUUCAGCUGGUUGGGGUCAAGCCAAUACUUUAGUUUGAAUGGGAUGAGUGCCUGCACACGUGCAGAUUUGGUGGCUUGGUUGGCACACAGUACUUGUUAUGUUGAAAUGGCUCAAUUACUUUUGAUUAUUUAUUAUACUCUUAGCAAAACCUAUCCUGCAGUCUCAAAACAAUACCAGGAGACAGCCCAAGAGUACCAGUGUCUUGCAAGUUGCUUGUUCUUCAGUUUUAGUAUGACUGUGUACCACAAUGUUGUAUUAAUUGCAUUUUCUGCCAAAUAAUUUUCCUUCAAAAAAAAAAAAAACCCACUAUUAACCUCUUUUUCAGUCUUGAGUAGAAGCUCUGAUCCAACUUACUUUUUAAUUGACUUCAGUGCUUUUGCAAAGUAAUGGAAUAGACAUCUUGGGAAGUGUGACUUCAUUUCAUGCCUGUGAGGCUGUCCCAUGCCUUUCUUUUGUAGGGACUAGCCAGGCAGCUGCAGUGAGCGCUUUGGAACGUGAACAAGCGUGCGCUGAUUCUAGGUUGAAGCAGCUUUCACACAGGUUGGCUGAAGAGUAUAAAACCAAAUCAUGACAACUGUUCAUCUCUUCUCAGCUGCAAUCAAGAGGGUGCUAUAAAUAUGUAUCUAUAUAUGGCUUAUAUCCAUCUCUAGUCCUCUCUCUUAUUGCUGCUUGCAAAUUGAAAACAGAAGUGGGAUCCCUGUAGGUAUUUGCAUGGUCCAUAAAGGGUUGGUAACAAACUAGUCAUGACUUUACAUACUUAGUGCGCUGCUUCCUAUGCUUUUUAAAUAAGCAUUGUCAAGUUUUAUCUGUUGAAAGCAUGGGCUGCAGAUUAGUUUUUUGCUAUGCAAAAGUGUGAUUGCUUUUGUUGCAGAAACUAGAUCACCUUUUGCACAAAAGCACAACUGUUUUUUUUUGUUGUUAAAGAAAUAUAAACAGUGAAAGUAUACCAACCAUUUAUUCCACUGAUUCUCUGAUAAUAAAUGUGGCAAGUGAUUAAAUUACAAAGAGUUACACCCUUACAGCUGAGGUACUGCAUGUUCGUGCACGUAGCACCUAUUA